AUGCCGCUGUUGGAGUGGAAGGCGCAGAAAAGAGCGGCGAGGAAGAAGGCGGAGAAGGAGGAGGAAGAAGAGGAGGCAGAGGAGGAGGAAAAGAGGGCAAAUCCAUACCAAAGCCAAGAAGGAGAAGAAGAGAAACGAAAAACAAAUGAGGAACACCCAAUAAUUCAAAACUGCCCCCUCCGUGCAAAAUUUAACGCACCCUCCUGUUAUUUACCAGCUGAACCACCGCAGCAGAUGAGGAAGGAGGAAGAAUGGACGGGCCGGGAAGGACGGAUUGCUGAACGUUGCGUCCAGCUCCUCGUUCGACAUUUGUAG